AUGGCUCUACUGAAAAAAUGCUUUCUCCCUGCCUUGGGACUCUUGUUGGCCUACUAUUUCUACCCAACCACUGAUAACUUCAGGCCUGAGAUGCUCCAAGGGAAAAAGGUGAUUGUCACUGGUGCCAGCACAGGCAUUGGAGAGCAAAUAGCCUAUCAUCUGGCACGGAUGGGUGCCCACUUGGUGGUGACAGCAUGGACUGAGGAAAAAACUGAAGAGGUCAUCUCUGAAUGUUUGAAACUAGGAGCUGCCUCAGCACACUUCAUCCCUGGAACCAUGGAGGACUUAGUGUUUGCAGAGCAAGUAGUUACCAAGGCAGGAAAGCUGAUGGUGGGGCUGGACAUGCUCAUCCUCAACCAUGUACGUACUGGAAAAUUGAAUUAUUUUGAUGGUGAUGUUGCCAGCUUAUGCAAAACAAUGGAUGUCAACUUCUUUAGUUUUAUAACCAUGACAUCAGCUGCUCUGCCCAUGCUGAAAGACACCAGUGGAAGCAUUGUGUUGGUCUCCUCAGUAUCAGGAAAAAUAAGUUCUCCAUUUGUUGCUGGCUACUCAGCAACCAAGUUUGCUCUAGAUGGAUUCUAUUCUUCACUGCAAACAGAAUUUCAAAUGAUGAAUGUCAACGCGUCCAUCACACUCUGCAUCCUUGGCUACAUAGGCACAGAGACUGAAGAAAAAUUUCUUUCUGGGAUUUUGAAAAAUGUAAAACCAGCUCUAAAGGAAGAAUGCACAUUGAGCAUCAUCAAAGGGGGAGUUUUGCGUCAGAAAGAAAUAGGUUACCUAUUCUCUGUCUCUUUCUCAGUGUGGAAUCCAAAUCGGAUGAUAAAUGAAUGUUUUGUUUCACAAAAAUAUGACAUAGAUAAAUUUAAGGAAAAUCAACAGUUACCUUAA